UAGCGUGGAAGGAUUAUUGAGCUAAUUUAGUCUUUAAUAAAGUAGAUGCCAAAUUAUGUAAAUACUUACAAAGACUUGUGAAGCAGGGUUGGUGUAGUGUAUUCCCCACUUGCUUCUGAACAACGACUGAAUGGGCCUCUUGGAAACCUAACCUGUGAAUUCUAAGUUAAGCAGUCAAUCAUUUUUAUCCUCCACAGAAGCAACUAGCUAUAUAUUGUUCCUGUGGUAGAGAAGAACUAGAGUGUUGAGUGGCAAUGGUUGAUUUGGAGGAGGGUGUGAGUGUGGGCACAAGAGGAACCAUCGGAUCUCUAAUGACCAAGGAGCUCGAGUACCUCCGCAGAACAAAAUCUCAACCGAGGGAUGCCAGGAAACUUCAAUGCGGUGCAGUUUCAGUGUUUUGUGAACAAUCCUGCUCUUUGAAGCGGCCCCAGACAGAGGGGGAGAAGAAAAGCUCCAGAAACCAGCGCCCCUGUUUGCUUAAGUGCAGAUCGCAGGGAAGAGAGAUGGCAGAUGUGAGGAAAAAGAGGGUGAAGAGCAGAAAAUCUGUGUCUGAUAUGGAGGAAAGGGGAAAUGGGUAUGAAAUGCCAAUGUUGGAUUGGCAGCGUGGAGAAGAGAGCAGGAGUAGAAAAAGUGGUUUCUCCUUUGUUGAUGUGGUGGAUUUGAAGUGCACAAAUAAUGUUUACAGUUUCAGUCAUGAUAGUGAUAAGAGUUGGGGAUUAACUGCUAUUGCCAGCCGGUUCAUGAAAAGACUCAGUUUCUCCAGGCUUUCUGUUUGAUUUGCAUUUCUCACCCAUGUCUAUUGUUAUUGUUACUGAGCAAAUGAAUUGAGUGGGUGAGCUUAAAGCUCUGCCCUUUUAUAGUUACUGUCCCCUCUUUGUUUUCCCAAGACUGCUGUGUCUGAUAUAAAGCAAGCAAUUUCCAACAGAAAUGCCCAAUUUUCAACAUUUUGUUUUCCAGUUUGUAUACGGAUUUUACUACAAUGAAUUCUUCUUCUUUUCAA